AAGAACAAAUCACCUGACCAGCUCCGACGGACGCGAUGGUGGAAAUGACUCGUCGGCGACGUCCGACGAAGCGGCAGCGGCCGGACCGACAACGAACGCCGCGACCAACCGCAUUCACCAGGCUCUGAUGGAUGAUCCGGCCUUUGACGAUUCGGUCUCGACCGGGCGCUCCGGGGAUAUGGAAAGUUUCACCACUUCGCAGAACAAUCGGACAACUAGAGGUGGACCUCCACGGGCUACUAACAACGGUAGAAGUGCAGCAGCAGCAGCUAGGGCGGAAAACAAUAACAACACCAAUCUAGUGCUCAAUAACAGCCGCAAUCAAUUACAUCAGCAAAGCCAAAGCUCUAGCCCGGGGCAGACCACCAGCGCGCGGAACUCGCCCCACAACAUGAGCACCAGUCGGAGCACGAAGGCGACCAGCGCAACGCGCCACAUCCUGGCCGACGCCGCGGCGGCAACCGUAUCCGAGUGUGAAACUUCCCCAUCCCCCUUCAUUUGACAGGCAUGAUGAGUAGCAACACAGCAAACAUUGGUGGAAAUUAUGUGGCUUCCGCGUGACAAUGACAAAUCUUCACAUCGAUUGGGCGGUGCUGUUUGAGAAGAUUUUUUCAAUUUUGCCAUCCUGCAGACUGUGGUCAGAAGCUGCACGCUGUGGAUUUGGUAUUUUUUAGUACAAAUGUUGAGCGGGACGACGAUGGGGAGUUGUGCACUUUCAUAAACCGCAACGGCGCUGUAUGCUGCGAGGGCGGAACGCGAGUACGGCUACAGUAGCUACAGCAACCGGUUCGACUCGCACUACAACAUAUGCAUUGCAAAUAUGCUGUGGUCUGCAGUAAACUUGUGAUGCCAGAUUGUGAAUGAGUACUUAAGAUGACAGUCCCAGUAGCUGCAUCCAUGACAAGUUUUCGGGACGCUUGGUUCUCGUGUUUAGAGCGCAGCACUUUUAUUUCAGUGCGAGCCCUUCCUUUGUCGAAAAAAUAAAAACUACGCUCUUUUCGGUCACAUGCAAUACAGAUCCUGCAGGACUGCAGGACACACGCAAGACAGAUCCCGCUUUUAUUGCAGACCCAGAGGACACAAAUUUGCACUUGAUAUUACAACCUCUCAGAUGACAAUACAUCUUCCUCGUCCGGAAGAGUGAAUCAGUCCAGCUCAAACCCCAACCCCAAUAGCAACUCCCAGUCCGGGACUGCGACGCAGCAGAAUCAGAACCACCAGAUGAACCCGCAAGCAGGCGGCGCUUUCGAUAGUUUCAACUACGUCCGAAGAAUCGGAAGUGGAGGUGGAACUAGUAGCAACCCUCUCGUUGCCCAUAGCCACUCGCUGACACACUCCGCCGCGCUCCGGUCUUCCGGCGAGUUCAGCAAUACUGCUCUCCGUGCGUCGGGCGGGUUGCUGAGUAAUGACACAUCGAUUUCGAUUUCGGAAUUGCCUACCAGGGUGAAGAAUAGUCUUCCCCCAACGCGGACCAUUUCGGGGCGAAUGAUCGCCGACGGCGAGGAAGCGGAUGGUGGCGGUACUACAGCGAGGCAGGUGCAGCUUCAACAAGGACGUGCUACUAGUGGAAAUGUUCGAGGUUCAUCUCCCCGGCCUAGCAAAGCAAGUCCGUCGAAGGGUAUCGACCAAAGUAAGACUACCACCGUGACAACCUCUAACAGCCACAGCUCGACGGACACUAGUAACCGAAUGCAGCAGAACUCAAACAAGAGUUUUUUCACAACGAUGCUCGGCGGUGGGGGCGGAAUAAAGCAUAGGAAUUCGCAGGAUAAGCUUCUGAACAACGCCGCAGCUACGUCAUCUACACCAGGUGCCAACGCACCAGUGGCAGCUGGCGGUGCCUCGCGCCGCGGCAGUCUCGCCUCGUUGUGGCUUCCAUCCGAAGUUUGUCCGAGCCAGUCCGAUCACGGCACUGCUGACGAUCAAGGCUCCUCGAUUCUUGGCGAUAUCGGAACAACUACGGCUGGACGACAUCAUGACAAAGAAGCCAGUACGUCGCCGCAAGACAGCGCUGCAGAUCAUCUGCAAAAUCCAUCCACACCUGCUGCGACUACCUUGCGAAAAUUAUUCUUCGGAGGAGGACCCGGGGGAUCAUCUUCAGGCAACACUAAGGACCACUCCGCAAGAACGGAUCAUACCGUCGCUGCACCAGGAGCUACUUCGCGUACAAAAUAUAGCGGCAAAAACAGUACGAGCACGUCCGGCAAUAUUAAAGCACAAUCGAUCCUGCAGCAGCCGGAAGAAUAUUUGGUAACCACUCCGAGUGACGCCUUUUAUUCGACGAGUGUCGAACCGGCAUCGAACGUGUUGAAGCAGAUGGACGAUGAGGCGACGGAUUUGUUGAUAGAGAAGAUGAAGAUGCGAACGGACAAUCAGUUUCAAGCGCGAAAAAUGGCGGAUGACGAUUUGUUUGAAGUAGACGAAGAGCGAGGAAUUAGAAACACGAAGAAGAUGAGCGGGACCGGCACUACCGCCUCCCCUAUCACGGCGCGCCGCAUACAGUCACAUGUCGGGGAGCAUCAUGAGGAUGAACACCAAAGAAACUACAACGAGAAUUACAUCGAAGGAGAUGAGUUGUACGGGAAUCUGCGUCCGACGUCAGGCGUCCAGGGCGUUAUGCAGGGAGGUGGCCGCGGAACCACGCCGGUGGUUUUGAGUACUGGAAGUCGGCCAGCGUACCGGGAACUGGACUGGGACAGCUCCUCCGGAUCGGAUCACACCUACUACUCCGAAAACGCGUUUGCACAAAUUCCUAAUGGGAGGUGAGCAUUAUUGAGCACUUGCCGUUGUGGUCUUUCAGCCAUCUGGAAGAUCUGUGCCUGCUAAUUAUAUCAGGAGCAAGAACGGGGGCUGCAAAAGCCAAAACUGCACGGGAAAAUUGAACAAAACGGUGUGGAUAGUACUAGUACCGACAUGAUCAGUGAUCAAGCUGAUGUAUUAAAAAUUCACUGAAAAAGUAAUGAUGUUGAUGGCGCAAAGCUAUCGGCGGGCAGUAAAAAAAGGAGUCUAGGAAAAAAAUGGGCAAAAUAUUAAGAAGAGGAAAAACAACACAUAGAAUACACUCAGUCUCAAGCUUAUACAGACCAUAUCCUCGUCGAGUGACACACGGAGUCAUUGUCAUUACUUAAAAUGAUUGCUGUUGAAAGGAUUUACUUCUUCUGACCGCAUGAUCACUCAGUGACUUACAAGUGUACCAAUCAAAUGAAAUUGGGUUUUCGUUAUUGUGUGUUUGGUGUGCAUUUUGAGAAAAAAAAGCGCUGUGCUAUUGAAAAGUGUGACGUCGAGCACAACAUGCUCGCGGAGGUUUUGCCUGGUAUUCCCAUUGUGUCGCCUGUGAAUCACGAUAUGGAGGCUCCGCGAAGAAAUAUGUUUUGUGUCGAAGGCGUGGUUGGAGGAAAUCAACUGUAU